AUGACAACGUUGACCAAUUAUCAGCGCAAACAAUCAUGUUAUCGUUUAUUAAAAAAUAAUGAGAAUAAUGAGAUAACUCGUCAAGCAGAACGGUUUGCAGAAACCCGGGGUCCUUUUUCACAAUAUGUACCUCACUUUACAAGCAAUGUAAAUGAGAUAGAAGUGAUUAAACAAUUAGUGAAGUAUACGAAGGAUACAGAUAAUUUUGAUCUACAAAUUGCUGCAUACCGUAAAUCUCAAGUAUGCCCUGAUAAUGAAUACAAUAUUUUAUUAUUUGUGGAAACUACGGAAUCAUUUGCUUAUUUACUCAAUACAGAUAAAUGGCUACCACAACUUGACAAUAAGACAUAUCAAUUAAAAACUCCGUCAAUUCUGCUGCAACUAUCUGCGGUCAUUCAAAAUGUUGGCUUCGAUAUUGAUAUUGAUGAAUUUAGUGAAAAUGUAAAAGAAUUAUAUCCAGAAAUUGUCAAUUUAGUUCGAUUAAAAAAUCGUGCACAACGCAAUUUUAAAACUGACAAAGAUGGAGAAAAAGCGGAACAUCUGCUUGAUUGGGCAGUUAGUCAAUCACUUGCAGCAAUCACACCAAAUUGUCCUACUUCUUUAAGAUCAGACCGUGAAAUUAACUACGUGCUAGUUACUGGUGUACAAUUAACAGUGCAAGCGUAUACUGGUAAUACGACAAGGGAUCAUAAACCAAUAUUUAGUGUACUAGCCUAUGAAAAUACAAAAAAUAGCAUUGGAUGUCUAACGUACUGGAAAGUAUUCUAUUUUUUCCUAUCACAGACGCAUGUUUAUUGGGAAACAAGGUGGGCAGAUAAAAAAUUUAAUGAAAAUUAUGAUAAACUAAAUCAAUUUCUCAUUCUAUUAGUUGAACGAUGUACGAGAUAUUUUCCAAUUGAAAUGGCCCGUGGUGCCAUACCCAAAGAAUUACGC